GCUGACGUUCUCUACAUUUUGACAUUUGGCGCCAAAACAAGCGUUUUGCCUGCAUUUCUUGUGCAAAUUUGCAAAAGUGUGUGAUCAUUUCAAAAAUUUACAUCGUGUCGUUUGGUUGUGAAAUCUCACGCUAGCAAUUAAUUCCAGUAUUUGUGUAUAUUUCGCUUUAUAAAUCUUCACAAUCACAAUAAACCGUCACAAUGUUUGAAGCGCGUCUAAAGAAUGCAACCACACUCAAAAAGAUCUUGGACGCCAUCAAAGAUUUGCUCAAUGAGGGAACUUUCGAUUGUAGCGAUUCCGGCAUACAGUUGCAGGCCAUGGACAAUUCCCACGUCUCACUUGUCUCUUUGACGCUACGCUCAGAUGGCUUCGAUAAAUUCCGUUGUGAUCGCAAUCUUUCAAUGGGCAUGAAUUUGGGCAGCAUGGCUAAGAUACUCAAAUGCGCCAACAACGAGGAUACUGUAACAAUUAAAGCACAGGAUAAUGCAGAUACAGUAACAUUUAUGUUCGAAUCUUCAAAUCAAGAGAAAGUCUCCGACUAUGAAAUGAAAUUGAUGAAUUUAGACCAAGAGCACUUGGGUAUACCGGAGACUGACUACUCAUGCGUUGUACGCAUGCCUGCAAUGGAAUUUGCGCGCAUUUGUCGUGAUCUGGCACAAUUCAGUGAAUCUGUAGUGAUUUGUUGUACCAAGGAAGGUGUAAAAUUCUCCGCAUCCGGUGAUGUUGGUUCGGCCAAUGUUAAAUUGGCGCAAAACUUAAACGUUGACAAGGAUGAUGAAGUAAUUGUGAUUGAAAUGCAAGAGCCUGUUGUAUUAACGUUCGCUUGUCGUUACCUAAACGCAUUCACAAAGGCGACGCCACUCUCGAAUCAAGUGCAGCUGUCAAUGUCGGCCGAUGUGCCACUAGUGGUUGAAUAUCGUAUAGCCGAAUUGGGACACAUACGCUACUAUUUGGCGCCGAAAAUCGAAGAUGAUGAGAAUUAGUUGUGUAUGCGAAUAUAUCGGGUAUUGGUGUAUCUUAACUUUCCGAUUUGAUGUAAGAAACUAUUAAAUAUUAACUAAUUUUAAGCACUAAACUAUUUAGUACGUCACAGUGCUGUUGCUUACAUCUCAUUUAUGAAGUGUAGCAAUAGAUAUUUGCAAAAUAAAUUUCAUAUACAUAUUGAGUACAA